AUGUCAGCGGAACAAACACCAUUACUCUCCAAUGACCCUCCUCCUUCAUCCUCCCUCUUAGAACCUCUCGAAUCCAGCAAACAAAAUGAAGAACCCUCAUAUCCGGAGUACUAUCCUGGGAACGACGCUUUCAUGAAAAGACUAGUCAGGAAAAUAGAUUUAAGACUUAUGCCUCUGAUGUUCAUAACUUUUAAUUUUAAUUAUAUCGAUAAGUCGAUUUUGAGUAGUGCGGCUGUUUUUGGAUUGGUGGAGGAUACGCAUCUCAUCAACAACCAAUUCAGCGCCAUCUCAAGCGCCGUGGAAGCAAGUAUUAGUCCGGCCUUUUUGUAUGCAGGAAAUUCAUUCGGAGGCGCGGUUGCCAAUCUGCUUUCUUUUGCGAUUGGACAGAUUCAUUCUUCGUUGAAACCUUGGAGAUGGUUGUAUAUUAUAUUUGGAUCGGCGACAGCGAUAUGGGGCUUCAUUGUCCUUAUUUUUCUUCCGGAUACUAUUUCUAGUGCGAAAUUCUUGACCCUUGAGGAGAAGGAAUGUGCAGAGGGGAGAGUUUCAAAGGCUGGAACUGGCAUCACUAUGUCUAUCAAGAAUGAAUGGAAAGGGGAUCAAGUUAUCGAAUGUCUAAUUGAUCCGAAAACAUGGUUUUGUUUCUUCAUCUCUUUAUUUACCAUGAUUCCCAACGGCGGAACAACAAGCUAUGCAAACAUCUUGAUAACAAGCUUUGGUUUCACCGGCCUCCAAUCAACACUUAUCUCCCUUCCUUCCUCCCUAAUCUCCUUCCUAACCAUCCUCUCAACCGGUCACCUAGCCUCCUCUUAUCGUAACACGACCACCAUCCUCCUCCCCAUCUUCCUUCUUCCCCCUAUCAUAGGCACCUGCCUCAUGAACUGGGCACCCCUCAGUUCCCUCAAACUAACAGGUUUCUACCUAAUCGGAUUUUCACACGGAACGAUCCCCUUAACAAUGAGUCUCAUAGGAGCAAACACAAAAGGCACAACGAAGAAAAUGACAGUUAGUGCCGUCAUGUUUGUAGCGUACUGUGUGGGAAAUAUGUUUGGACCGCAAAUAUUUAGAAAGAAUGAGGAGACUGGAUAUAGCAUGGGCUUUGCAAUUAUCUUGGCGUGUUAUUGUGUAGCGGCGGGGAUGGGAAUCGUGCUGAGAAUUUAUUUGGAGAGGGUUAAUAGGAGGAGGGAGAUGGAGGAGGGGGCUGAAGGGAACAGAUACGGGGAUAUUCAUGUGGUAGAUGGGGUUAUCGAAGUCGGAUAUAUCGAGACUAUCGGAAACCUCAAAAAACACUGCCACCUUGGUCCUUUGCUCGCUUAA